CGCCAGCUGGCGCGGCGCUACCACCCCGAUCGCUACCGGCCCGAGCCCGGCGACCAGGGCCCCGGGCGCACGCCGCAGAGCGCGGAGGAGGCCUUCCUGCUGGUGGCGACCGCCUACGAAACGCUCAAGGUCUCCCAGGCGGCUGCCGAGCUUCAGCAGUACUGCGUGCAGAACGCCUGCAAGGAUGCCCUGCUGGUCGGAGUUCCAGCGGGCAGCAACCCCUUCCGGGAGCCCAGGUCCUGUGCUUUACUCUGAAGACUGGAAAGAAGUUCGCUAAAGAAGCCUUCGGGCACAAAGUGAUGAAUGCCUCCAAGUCUCACGAAAGCAUUUUCCUCUAACCAAACGACUUACAUAUUCAGACCUUCCCUGCGGCCUGGUCCUGUAGCCAAAUUCUACAGAAAUUGCUGAGUUUCAACUCAAAUUAGGAAACUGGGUGAAGGAGGAGACUUUUAAAUAAUAAUAAUGGCCUGGUUUGUUUGGUGAAGUGCUUUAUACUUAAGACAAAAACCCUACCACCAAAUAUACAAAAAUGCACCUCUUUCAUAAGUGAAUUAUUGGUGUUUCUAGACCUGAAAUAUUAUGUAUGUUUUAUUUACUGAUGUUUACAUUUUGGGAAGGAAAACAUUUUUAUUAAAAAAUUGAAUACUUGUAAUUUGUUGUUCCUAAGAUUUUUACACCAUAACAAAAUGUGUCCUUUUCUCAUGAAUUUAUAAUUUCAAAAUGAAGGCAAGACAGUGUAAAAGUGGGGGAAAGAACAGACUUUAUUAAUCAAGUGAUGUCUUGAUUUUUGUGAGAAGAUUGUUUUAUUUUAACACUAAAUAUGGAAGCUGUUUCUUAGCAAACUUGUUUGGAAAGAUUAAUGUGUUGUGUAUUAGAUCUCCCCAUGUUGUGUAUGCCACAGAUCUGAUCUUUGUCUUCUUAAGUUCCUCUACUUCAUAGUUGUGGUUAUACUUUAAAAAAAAAACACUACAUUAUCUCAUAGCUUUCAAAUGUUUAAAAUGUGACUUACAGAACACUGCAAAUGAUUAAAAGCAAAGCAAUGUGAAAAUCUUACAAGCUAAAUGGGUUCUUAAUGUCAUAAGUGUUUUACUUUGAUGAUGUGCCUUUGAUUUGAGACACUAAAAUGGAUACUUUAUUUGUGUUUGUAAUAAUUUUGAAGAGCUUGGAAAUAAAGUUUCUGUUUAACUCAUUAUUUUCUAUGACAGCAA